AUGUCUCAGAACAUCGCAUCCCGUCGCAUCCCGUUGCGGACGCGCAGCACCGCCUCUGCUAGCGGUGCACAAGCAAAGGAGAAUGCUGGCGUUACCAGUGUCUCCUCCAGGGGCGCUCGCUACCGCCACGAUGGUGCUGCUGCCGACGCUGGUCCUUCCAAGCCAGCCUCGACCGCGACUGCGGCCACCAAGGCGUCGGUUGCUUCAGCCGCUUCAGGCGUUCUCGGAACUCGGAAGAGAGCCGCGCUUGGCGAUCUCACAAACGCCAACCGCACCCGAUCCGCCAUGGCUGGCAACGAUGACAAGGGCAAAGCUGCUUUGAAGGAUGCCAUCAAGCCCCGCGCCACCACCUCGGCUUCUACAUCAUCGCGAUCAGCCGUCGGCACUGCGGCCUCUGCCACCACCACCGGCACCGGCGCUGCUCGUCGCGUCGUUCGCACUCGACCCACCACCGCCUCCAGCACCACCGCUUCUACUACUGUCACAGAUGCCGCCAGCGACCGCCCCUUCCGUGCUUCUAGACGCGUCGCCGGCACCACUGCUUCCACAGCAUCAGGUAUCCCAUCAGCAACCUCUAGACCAACAUCCACCACUACUGCUACAUCAGCUGUCACUGCUGCUCGCAAGGCUUCAAUGGUCCGUGCGUCCUCGGCCGGCUCGCAGACUGAUGUUCGCCGCGAUGUCUCCAAUACCUCCGCUGUCACCACCAACACGACAGCUCCCAUCACCGCUGCGUCGCGGUCGUCCAAGGUACAGCUCAAUGAGGUUCACGACACGGAUGACAAGAUGGAGGCACCUCAGGCCAAGCGUCUCAAAACUGAACAGACCAACAAGCCUGCCAAAGAUGAGGGAUGGGAGGACCUCGACGCCGAAGAUGCUGACGACCCGUUGAUGGUUGCUGAAUACGUCAACGACAUCUUUGAGUACAUGAAGGAGCUCGAAAUCAUCAACAUGCCCAACGGAGACUACAUGGCCAACCAGAAGGAGAUCAAUUGGGACGUGCGUGCCAUCCUCAUCGACUGGCUCGUCGAUGUCCACGCCAAAUUCCGCCUGCUCCCCGAGACGCUCUAUCUCGCCGUCAACAUCAUCGACCGCUUCCUCUCUCGACGAACCAUCUCGCUAUCCAAGCUCCAGCUUGUUGGUGUCACUGCCAUGUGCAUCGCCUCCAAGUACGAAGAGGUCAUGUGCCCCUCGAUUCAGAACUUCUGCCACCUCGCUGACGGCGGCUACACAGAUGUCGAGAUCCUCCGCGCCGAACGAUACAUGCUCAAGGUGCUCGACUUUAGCAUGUCGUACGCCAACCCCAUGAACUUCCUCCGUCGCAUCAGCAAGGCCGACAACUACGACAUCCAGACGCGUACCGUUGCCAAGUACUUUAUGGAGAUUUCGCUGCUCGACUACCGUCUUAUGGAGCAUCCACCAUCUCUCAUCGCUGCUGCCUCUGUCUGGCUCGCUCGCGAGGUGCUUGAACGUGGUGAGUGGACGCCCACGCUGGUGCACUACUCUACCUACUCGGAGCAGGAGCUGCUGGGUACCGCUGAGAUCAUGCUCGACUACUGCUUGCGACCCAUCGCCCACCAAUUCUUCCACAAGAAGUACGCGCACAAGAAGUUCAUGCGCGCUUCAACUUAUGUCAUUGAAUGGGCGCACAAGGCCUUCCCCGAAGGCGUUGUCGGCGUUGACGAGCAGCAGGACCUCAACGUGCUUCGCAUCGACCUCUACGAGCGCAACGAGAUCGAACGACCGGAAAUGUCGCCCGUCUCUUCGUCGCGCGCCACAUCGCCGGUCAGCAUGCAUGGGCAGGCUCACUUUGAGGUCGAGCCAAGUCAGAACGUCGAUGGCGACGACACGGUCUCGUACGCGCAUGAUGACGAUCACGAGGAAGAAGACGACCUCGUGGACGACGCACAAGAGAUCGAAGGCGACGUGCAGCUGCUCGACGAUGUCAAGGCUGCUGCCCAGCGUCAAGAUACCCGACAGGUGCUGCGUGAUGUGACCAACGCGUACGAAGCGACGGAGACCUUCUAG